CUUGAGUAAGGGAAGCAGCAAGAGAGAGAGACAGACAGAACCUCACCAGCAUUUUUAAAAAAAAAAGUCAAAAAGUUUCAGAAUCGCAGCCUCAAAAGGAGAAUCCUUCCCUCCCCAUCUUCCCCCUACCCCAUCACCCGUGCCCCCCUUACUGACUUGGCGGCAGCUUCUCAUCUGAGCACUUUUUUUUCCAAAUUUGGGAUUUGUUGUUUAGAAGAAAAAAAAAGGGGGACAGAGAAAUAAAUCAGCGCUGGGACCCACUGUGGGAUUUUGGAAUAUACUGUACUCCCCACGAGCACCUAAAAAAUGUCUGAUUCGACAGUGAAUGCGCACCUGGAAGGUAUCAUUUCUGAUUUUGAAGCAUUGAAAAGAUCCUUUGAGGUCGAGGAGGUCGACCAUUCACCAAAUCCUGCUGUCCAGCCCCGCAGAACUCCAAAUCCACUCCUAAGAGGAGCUGCAGCUACUGCUCAGAGAUUUCAGGAGCCGGGCUCCCGGAAUGCUGAAGGUCACAUAGGUGACCAGAGAUCCCCUAAAUCAUCACUGAGGCGGAUUGAGCUGUCAGGAUCCCGGCACCCUGAAACCAUGUCCAGAAGGACAGAGAUUUCCAUUGACAUCUCCUCCAAGCAAGUAGAGAACUCUGCUCCUGGUGUGCCCAGGUUUGGCCUGAAGAGAGCUGAGCUACCUGGACACAAGCCUCCUGAACCAAUUCCAAGGAGAACAGAGGUCACACUGGGGAAAACACAUGACCAAAGAGGGGACUCGCCCAACUCUAAAAUCCCAGAACCAAUUCAAAGAAGAGCAGAAGACACAAACUCCAAGAGAGUGGAAAUCCAGGUGCCCAAAUCCCCAGAGGUUCAACCUAUCAAACAAGUGGAAAAUUCCAUACCAGCUACAACUGUGCUUCCUCAACAUCAGGAACCCAAAGUACGGCCUAUCCAGAUUGAUAUUCAGCAAAGAACCCCAGAAAUAAGCGAAGAGCUUCAGGGAUACCCAGGUACCAUGACAGACGCUAUUAGAGACAUCGGGGUGAAGCAGCCCCUCCCUGCUCGGGGAGUGGGAGAGAAGCCCGCCACGGAAUUUGGCUAUGUGGGUAUAGACGCUAUUUUGGAGCAGAUGAGGAAAAAGGCCAUGAAGCAGGGCUUCGAGUUGAACAUUAUGGUAGUGGGUCAGAGCGGACUUGGAAAAUCCACAUUAAUAAACACUCUCUUCAAAUCAAAAGUAAGCAGAAAGUCUGUGCAGCCGACAGCAGAAGAGCGCAUCCCCAAAACCAUAGAGAUCAAAAGCAUAGCUCAUGAAAUCGAGGAGAAAGGGGUGCGUAUGAAGCUGACUGUCAUCGACACUCCAGGCUUUGGAGAUCACAUCAACAAUGAGAACUGCUGGAUGCCCAUCAUGAAGUUCAUCAAUGACCAGUAUGAGAAGUACCUUAAGGAGGAGGUCAACAUCAAUCGCAAGAAACGCAUUCCCGACACCCGAGUCCACUGUUGUAUUUACUUUAUCCCUGCUACAGGGCACUCACUGCGGCCCCUGGACAUAGAAUUUAUGAGACGCCUCAGUAAAGUAGUCAACAUUGUCCCUGUUAUUGCCAAAGCCGACACUUUAACUCUAGAGGAAAGGGACUACUUCAAGCAGAGGAUUCGUGCUGACCUCCAGAACAAUGGGAUAGAUAUCUAUCCACAGAAGGAGUUUGAUGAGGAUGCAGAGGAUAGGCUUGUGAAUGAGAAGAUCAGGGAAAUGAUUCCUUUCGCUGUGGUGGGAAGUGACCAGGAGUACCAGAUUAAUGGCAGGCGGAUACUGGGACGCAAGACCAAGUGGGGAACUAUUGAAGUGGAGAACACAGGCCAUUGUGAAUUUGCCUGUUUACGAGAUCUUCUUAUCAGGACGCACAUGCAGAACAUUAAAGAUAUUACCAGCAGUAUCCACUUUGAGGCAUACCGCGUGAAGAGGCUUCAGGAGGGCAAUAUAAUGUCCAAUGGGACAACAGAAAAAGACUACUCGUCCAAUGAGAUGUAAACCUGCCCCUGGCACAUCACCUCUGCCAUUUUCUUGUCUUCGUUUUAUUUGUGUCUGUCUUCUUCUGCCAUUCUUGUGCCAUGGGGGGUAAUAGCCUUAUAGCUGGAGCUGGCAGCCUGGAAAAUGUCAGGUUGUUUUUCUCUGUCCCCCUUAUUAAGUCUGGUCAUUGUACUAGAAAAAGAAGGGGGAUUGAGGCAUAUUAUUCGAGUAUUAAGGGAGAGCAGAAAGUGUAUACAUUUCUUUGAGAUGUUUCAUCAACCCUUUAGCUUAUUUGUGUUUUGUGCCUCUAUGAAUGGAACAAACCAAAUGCCCGGCAACCAUUGUAUUGCAGGUAAUACAUCCGGGAGGGAUUUCCUCCCACAAAGGAAAUUUGUCGUUGCAGGUUGUGGUACAGAAAGUGACUGUGAUGUUCAGGCUCCCUCAGCUUGGGAGAGAAGGUCGGUGUAUGUAGGAAGGAGAGAAGAAUUGUACAAGAAGGUUAGAAAAGAUAAGAAGGUUUAUGGUUUUCAUAUCCGUCCAAGAUUGAUUCAUGUUUUCUUUAUUCACCUUCUAUACUUGUCUUUCAACCCUACUCCGAGGGAUAGGAUAAAUAUAUCAGUAUAAGGGUUAAUUGUAUGUGUGUUUUUUUGUGUGUGUGUGUGUUACAUUCCGGGUGUUUACUGGAAGUCUAGGUAUAGUGGAGCCCCAUUUAGGGCAGGGCUCAACCAAACGAGGAGCGCGCCUAUUUCAUAUUUAAAUUUUUUUUUUUUUUCUUCUGGAAGCGUUAUCUGUGGUUACGUGAGCCAUCCUAUUUAGUGCCCUAUAUACUCCCUCCCCCAAAACAUUCUCCAGACUAAAGAAACAUACAAAUCAUUUACUUGUCGAGUUGCUAUGCUUUAGCAAAUUUAAAAAAAAAAAACUAUUUACUGAAAGAUAUAUAUUUCCGAUGCUAAGGAUUAAGGUAUGAAGAGGCAGGAAAUUCAAUGCACUUGAAACGAUGCCAUCCUGUCUGAUUGUUAUUGUAAUGUCGAGGAAAAUUCAUUGUUUUGUGUACGUUUGUUUUUCUUUCAUUGCUUUUAUUCUCUGUUUAUUAUUUUUUUCGAGGGCUAAAAUAUAAAAAUCAGAUUCCUAAAAGUGGCCUUUUAUUUGAUUCAUAUGCAUUAUGACAAACUAGUCUUUUUUUUUUUUUUU